AUGGCGGCAAACACGUCCAACCAUCUACCCAACCACAACUACCUCACCGAGCCUAAACACCUCUCUGAGCCCAACUACUUUUACAAGCACAACCACUACAUCCACCUUAUCGAGACCAACCACCUUAGUGAACUCAACCACUUCUACAAGCACAACCACUACAUCCACCUUACCGAGACCAACCACCUUAGUGAACUCAACCACUUCUACAAGCACAACCACUACAUCCACCUUACCGAGACCAACCACCUUAGUGAACUCAACCACUUCUACAAGCACAACCACUACAUCCACCUUACCGAGACCAACCACCUUAGUGAACUCAACCACUUCUACAAGCACAACCACUACAUCCACCUUACCGAGACCAACCACCUUAGUGAACACAACCACUUCACUUAG